AUGGAGGAUGGAAGUGCUGACCCCGGCCCAGACAGUGAAAUAGUGGCCUCAGCAGAGCCGGAGGGAAAUACACAGACAGAGAUGGAGGUGACGACUGAGGAGAAGUUUAAAGAGCCAGCUGCCGCUGAGGGUGGUGAGGAAGAUGACGGCCGUUUGGCUGAGGAAGAGCGGCAGGCGCUGCAGUCUAAGAUCCCAGUGGAUCUGUAUUACGACUAUGAAGAACUCUGCUCCAAACCUUUCACCACAGCGGAUUCAGGCCUCCCAGUGAACCUGCUACAUCUCUCGCAUUCAUUCGGCUAUGACUGCAAGCGCCGCACCAAUCUGCAGCUGCUGGAUGAGCGUACGCUGUUCUUCGUGGCUGGAAACCUGCUGGUCUUUCUGGACAUUAAAACUAAAGAGCAGCGCUACCUGCGCAGCUGCAGUGGAGGGGGAAUCGGUGCCAUCAUGGCUCAUCCGAGUAAGAGGUAUUUUGCAGUAGCGGAAAAAGGAGAUCAGCCCAAUGUAAUCAUAUAUGAGUAUCCCUCUCUCAGGCCUUACCGUAUUCUCAGAGGUGGCACGGAGCAGGCGUACACAUUCGUGGCCUUUAACCGUGACGGCAGCCUGGUGGCCAGUGUAGGCAGUGCUCCUGACUACAUGCUGACCGUGUGGGACUGGCCCCAGGAGCAGGUGAUGCUGCGCAGCAAGGCCUUCUCACAGGACGUCUACAAAGUCACCUUCUCUCCCGACAACCCCGGCCAGCUCACCACCUGUGGAUCAGGACACAUCAAGUUUUGGAAAAUCGCCAAUACGUUUACUGGUCUGAAACUGCAAGGCCUGCUGGGAAGAUUCGGGAAGACGGCUCUCACGGAUAUAGAGGGAUAUGUGGAGCUUCCUGAUGGCAAAGUGCUGUCAGGCACGGAGUGGGGGAACAUGUUGCUCUGGGACGGCGGUUUGAUUAAGGUGGAGAUCUGUCGUAAGGGCGGCAGUAAGUGUCACGCGGGCGUCAUUCAGCAGUUCUUCCUGGAGGAGGGAGAACUCAUCACUAUAGGCACGGAUGGAGCGGUCAGGACCUGGGACUUUGAGCGCAUCGACACAGCCGACUGCGCAGACGACAGCGGCAUGUUUGAGAUGGAGCCCAUGAACGAGACGGUGAUUGGCCAAAACGUCAGCCUCACCUCCAUGGUCAAGAGCUCGCUGUCAGACUCCCUCAUCUGUUACGCUCAGGAUUCUAACGGAGGCAUUUGGAAACUGGAUCUGUCCUUCACCAUCGCUACUCAGGAUCCAGAGUGUGUGUACUCCUCUCACGCUGGAGUGAUCCAGGGCAUGGACGUAUCUGGCUGCAGUCACCUCAUGGCCACCACUGCACUGGACCGUUCUGUCAGGAUUUUUGACUUUCUGGCUAAGAAGGAACUCACAGCCAACCGCUACAAGCAGGGAGGAACAACCCUGACCUGGGCCCCUCACAGGGUGAGCAGCAGUGGGGGUCUGCUGGCGGUGGGUUUUGAGGACGGGGUCGUUCGUUUGUUGGGACUCUGUAGCGUUCAGAGUCUCCGUGGUCGCUCAGACAACGUGGAGCUCCGCCUCAAACAGGCCUUCAAACCCCAUAAUGCACCUGUCACUGCUAUCGCCUAUGAGCGCAAUGGGGAGAUUAUGGCCACUGGGAGUGCAGACUGUACUGUGUUUUUCUUCAUAGUAGGGGACAGGUAUGAUCCCAUAGGCUUUGUGACUGUACCAGGGCCUGUUCAGAGCCUUGAGUGGUCCCCCCAGUCACAUGAGAAGAACAUGUUGCUGAUACUGUGUAGCACAGGUCAUGUAGUGGAGGUCCAGUGUCCGGAUCCUGAGUCUAAGAGCUCUGAUAACACAUACAAGCUUCAUUCUCUUCCCACGAGACACUUCAACUUCACCAGCAUCAAGUCACGCCUUAGGAGAGAGGCGGAGAUAGCACGGCGACAGGCUUUGAAAGAGAAAAGGCAGAAGGAGAGAGAGGAGCGUCUGAAAGAAGCGAAGGAGAAAGGCCAAGAGCUCCCGGAGGAGGAAGAGGAGGAAGAGGAGGAGGAAGAGUUACCCCCACUCUACACACCUGACCCCCCCAGCCCUCUGCACUGUGGACUGUACUCAAAGCCUGGCGAAUUCUGGCUCUCUAUGGGUGGUUAUGACUCAGGGUAUGUGUACUACUGUAAGUUCUCAGAGGAUCAGGAUCUGGAGCCUUUAGAGAGGAGAGAUGAGCCAGUCUCCUUCAUACCAGUCCACAACACAGACCAAGAUCCCAUUCGCGCCCUCUGCUUCAAUUCCAGCAGGCAUUUAUUGGUGUGUGGUAUGGAGUCUGGCUCUAUAAGGUUAUACCCCCUGCAGCCCCCUGACUAUCAGCUGAGCUCCAUACAGGACUACUGGGCACUCAGCAUCCAUGACAAUCACUAUGGCCACGUGCGGCAGGUGCGCUGUAGCUACGACGACCAGUUUGUCCUGACGACAGGUGAGGAUGGCAACAUCUUCUCCUUCAGUCUUCUGCCUGAGGAAGAGUUACAGAAGGCCUUACAGUGCAGCCGAGCCAAAGUCCCCUCCCCACGGUCAGGUCUGAAGAUAAACAUCAUGGUCCCUGAUAUCGAUGAUCCACGUGCAUACAGCAUAGAAACAGCCAAGCAGAAGUUGGAGAUGGACCGCAUGCGGAGGGAGGCGGACCUGAGGAAACAGGCCCGGCGUCAGAAGUUAGCCGUGCUCCAGACUCAGUUUAAAGUCUUACUGAAACAGAACCAGAAGCUUCCGGAACACGUUCGCCUGCACCGUGCGGAGUUUGAGCUGGACCGGCGUUUUCGUGAGGAGACUGAGAGACUGACGGCUCAGAGGAUUAGAGAGGUGAGGAAAGAGAUGGCCUGGGAGGAGGAGAGACAUCGUAUCGGCCUCAAAAAACUCCAGGAGAGGUUCUGGGACUCUCUGGUGACAGACACAGUGACAGUGGUGGCGUUUCAGACAGAUCACAGGAUCAGUACGUACAGACUGCUGGCCCUGUCUGACAAACUCCACCAGCUGAAACGGAGAGGCUCCCACUGGGCCGAGACUGGACCCAGCGACCCUGAACGCCAGCAGAACAGACCACCUGACCAGAACAAAGACAACGCCACAGGUCAGAGAGACAGUGUGUGUGUGUGCACAGAGGAAGAGGAUGUCCCAGCACAGACCGUGUUGCAAUCCCAUGUUGGGCAGCCAGGGGGCAGCAAACUAGUGGGCAGGCAAGCAGAGAAACUGCGUAAAGCAGCAGAGAAAGCAGAGAAAGCGAAAGCCAAGAUAGAGAAACGGAAAAAAGAGUGGGCAGAACUCUAUGCAGCUAAGCCCAGUGAGGACUGUGAGGACCCAGAAGACGUGCGGGCAAUCCAACUGGCCCAGGAAACCAUGGGUGACUUCAAACUGAAGACAGCUAAAGACUACACUGUCCCAGAGCACCUGAGAAUGAACACAGAGAAGAAGACAACACAGCUGGUCAUACUGGAGGAGAAGAUCUACACGCUGAAGACGGAAAUGAACAUCCGCAUCUUAGCCCUGAGAGACAGGAAGGUGGAGUUAAUCUCUCAGCUCCGCUCUCAGGUGGAGCAGCUGCAGGCGCUGCAGGAGCACCUGCCCCCGGAGAAACGCCGGCCCGUCCCCGCCGUGCCCUCCCUGCUGCCCGAGGAAACCCCUGAAAGGAAGCUGCAGUACACUCGUACCACCCUGGAGCGGUACAGAGCCCUGCGUGCCAAAAGGGCGCCAACCGACCGCACGGAGGACCAGGAGGAGGGCCAAGGAUUGCUAGACCAGCUGGAGCAGGAGAACAAAGACUCCCAUGUCGAGGGAGAGCGCGUACAAUCACACAGCGAGGAGCAGAAGGAGGAGCAAAGUGAGGAGAAAGGGAAGGGUGUGUGUGAAGAGCUAACUGAGUUAGAGCAGGAGAUGAGAGAGGUGGAGGAGAUAAGGAGUCUGUACCUGCAGGACACACUGCUGAAACAGAUGGAGGAGCAGAUGUGGCGUUUUGACGCGGAGUUGCGUUUGCUCAGGCAUGAGAAGCUGCAGUUGGAUGUUCAGAUGAAGCUGGCAGACCUGAGGCACGUCACACUGUUCCAGGAACUGCUGCUCCUCAAAGAGUUUGAGAAGAGAGAGAACAUGCUGCAGGAAAGACUGAACGCCCGCAGGGAGGAGCAGAGGGACCUCAGGUCUAAGUUAGGGGAAUGUAAGCAGCAGUUGGAGCAGAAGCGGAGAGAGAUACAGAGGCUGCAGGAGAAAGACAAGGCCAUUAACGCCACUUUUCAGGCCUCACUGGGAGAAAACAACAAAUUUGCAGAUUUCCUCACAAAAGUGUUUAAAAAGAAGAUUAAACGAGUGAAGAAAAAGGAGAAAACCAGCACUGAAGAGGAACAGGAGGACAGUAAUGAAGACUCUGAUGAAGACUCAGACUGGGACGAUGAAGAUUUUGAUGAAGAGUCAGAGACGGGGGGGCAGUUAGACGACAGCGUUUGUCCUCCACAUUGUGACCCAGAGCUCUUUGAGAACGCUGUUAAGUUGCGUGAGCAUCGUCUGGAUCUGGAGGAGCUGCUAACGGAGGAGAAAAAGAACGCAGACGCCCUGAGAAAAGAGUUUGACUCACUUGCCAAGAAAGACAAAAUAGUGCAGAGCAGUCUUAAAGCAGCGGAGAGUGACCUGGAGCUUUUUAACAGAGAGAAACAACAGACAGUCAACGAGUUGGAUGUCGUUGCACCUUUAAGACUGCACCAGAUAGAGUAUUUGAAUAAUGGCAUGGUCCCGUCUAAGCUGGGCUCUGCAUUGGUUUUGAACAGACAAGCAUUGUAUGCACUGCAGAAUCGAAUUAAGGAGCUGAAACAAGAGAAGACAGAGCAGAAAGAGUUGUACAAACACGCCAGACAGCAACACGUCCAACUCAUACAUGACUGCAAGCACAUGGAGACUAAGAUCCAGGAGCUGGAGGCGCGCUGUGAACAGAUGAUGUUGAUGAAGUUUGGGAAGCUGGUGGACCUGGAGAUUCUGCAGACGCUGUCAGGGAACAGAAUCCUGGAGGAGAUGAGACAAGAGAGUCGAAUCAGAGAGUUCGCAUACAUAAAGGAACUUAAGAAGUGGGAGGAUAAGGUUACAGAGGCAAGACAGGCUGUAACAGAGGUAACCCGACAGCACACAGAGCGUUUGGUUAGGAUGGACCGUCUACUGAAUGAACAGAAAUUUCUGGAAAACCAACUCAACCAAAGAAGGCGCAAAAUGGGCGUUCGGUUUCAGGGCCGUGAUCAUUUUGAUGAAGAGGAGAGAGAAAAGCUGGAGCAGCUGGUGGAGACUCAGGCCCAGGAAAUACAGUCCGUACAGCGUGAAGUCAGCUUCCUGUCCCAAAAAGGAGGACACGUUCUGGCCCCCGGCCAACCGGUCCUGCCCCCCAUCCCCUCCGGUGGAGGGGGCGCAGUGAGGAGGGCGGUCGACUAUUAA